AUGAAGAACCUGAAAGAGGAGACGGGCCGAUGGACGGGCUGCGAGGAGAGCCUGGACCCUCGGGCCGGGCCGUGGGCGUCCUCGAGCAUCUCCUCCCUCACCUUCAAGAGCCUCGUCCAGCUCCGACGCACCAUGAACACAGGUGUGACCAUUUUCAACUGUGAAGAGCGAACCCUGUCCGGCAUCGCAGAGAAGAUGGUCGCUGAGAUGGUCAAAAAGAAGGAGAUCGGACCCGGGGACCGGGAGGGAGUGCUGAAAUCUCUGCUUCAAAAUCGCAGCCAAUCAGACGACCCGGAGAGCCAAGUCCUGACUGAUGGGGUGGAGCUGCAGAUGUUUUCAGUCAAGGACAGAAGGGAAGAAUCUGACCGUGUCGAGGCCUCCAUGGUGCUCGUAGGAUCCUUGGACUUUCUCGAAAGGCCUACAGUCGCGUUUGUGCGCCUGAAGGAUGCUGCGGAGCUGGACUCUGCCAUGGAGGCCCCGGCGCCCGUACGAUUCAUCUUUGCUCUGGUCGGCCCGAGCAAGACCGACAUGGACUACCGCGAGACCGGCCGGGCUAUGGCAGCACUGCUGGCUGACAAAGUGUUCAAUCAGGCGGCGUUUCGGGCAACGAGCCCCCGGGAACUGACGGACGCCGUGGCCGACUUCAUGGACUGCAGCAUUGUGAUCCCGCCCACGGAGAUCCAGGAUGAAGCGACGCUCAGCUCCAUUAUCAGCUUUCAGAAGAAAAUACUGCAGGACAGGAUCCAGUCCUCUGACCCCUCCGUCCGGCAAGACUCCAAACCUCGCAGGGGUGUGUGCCUGGUGGUAGAAAUACACUCUGACACACAUAAACACACUUUAAAUUGUUCCCCCCUCCUAGUUUCCUUCUCUUCUAGCCCCCCACCUGAAGACCCCCUGUCCCGCACUGGUCGCCCUUUCGGUGGUAUGAUGCGAGACAUAAAGAGACGCUACCGAUACUACAAGAGCGACAUCACCGAUGCUCUGAACGCCCAGGUCAUUGCUGCCGUCAUUUUCAUCUACUUUGCCGCCCUGACUCCCGCCGUCACUUUCGGAGGGCUGCUCGCUGAUAAGGUGGACAACAUGAUGGGCGUCUCAGAGCUCCUCAUCUCCACGAGCGUUCAGGGGAUCAUCUUCUGCUUCGUCGCCGCUCAGCCCGUCCUGGUCAUCGGUUUCUCUGGUCCUCUGUUAAUAUUUGAGGAAGCCUUCUUCGCUUUCUGCAAGUCCCAGGACAUUGAGUAUAUUGUUGGCAGAGUGUGGGUCGGCGUGUGGCUGGUCAUCAUUGUGGUCAUCAUUGUGGCCUUUGAGGGAAGCUUCCUGGUGCGUUUCAUCUCCCGUUUCACGCAAGAAAUCUUCUCCAUCCUCAUUUCCCUCAUCUUCAUCUAUGAAACCUUUGCCAGGCUAGGGAGGACUUUUAAGGCUCAUCCACUGAUUCGGAAUUAUGAUCAUCUGAAUGCAAGUCUCGAAAAUCCCUGGCAUCCAAAGGUGGAAGAGGUGGUCAUGUAUGACAACAAUACCGGCAACACGACAGUUAUUGUCAACACGUUUAAGCCGGGUUACCCCAACACGGCGCUGCUCUCCAUGUGCCUCAUGUUAGGCUGCUUCUUCAUCGCUUUCUUUCUGCGUCAGUUCAAAAACGGCACUUUUCUUCCUGGAAAGGUCAGGCGUUUGCUUGGUGACUUUGGUGUGCCUAUUGCCAUUUUCCUCAUGAUUGUCAUGGACUACGCCAUUGAUGAUACCUACACUCAGAAACUGGUGGUUCCCAAAGGUCUGAUGGUGUCCAAUCCAUCCAAAAGAGGCUGGCUCAUCAACCCCUUCGGAGAGCACAAGGCUUUCCCCGUGUGGGUGAUGUUCGGAUGCUGUGUCCCGGCCCUGCUCGUCUUCAUUCUGAUCUUUCUGGAGUCUCAGAUCACAACUCUGAUUGUGAGUACGCCGGAGAGGAAGAUGAUCAAAGGCUCAGGGUUCCACUUUGACUUGCUGCUUCUAGUCUGCAUGGGAGGGCUCAGUGCAAUAUUUGGGGUGCCGUGGCUCAGCGCUGCCACGGUGCGAUCUGUCACCCACGCCAACGCUCUCACCGUCAUGAGCAAAGGUCCAAAACCUGUGAUUGAGAAGGUGGUGGAGCAGAGGGUCAGUGGCAUUCUGGUGGCGUUGCUAGUUGGUCUGUCAAUCCUGAUGGAGCCGAUCCUCAAGAUGAUUCCCAUAUCGGCCUUGUUUGGGAUCUUUCUCUACAUGGGCGUCACCUCACUCAAUGGCAUCCAGCUGUGGGAUCGCAUACUGCUUCUGUUCAUCCCUAAAAAAUACCACCCUAAUGAACCCUACGCCACCAGAGUGAGCACAGGACGAAUGCACCUGUUCACGGCCAUCCAGUUAGUGUGCCUUGCGAUUUUGUGGAUUGCUAAAUCCAGUCCAGUAUCCCUCGCACUUCCCUUCAUUCUCAUCCUCACCAUUCCUCUACGCAUGUUUAUGACUGGCCGUUUCUUCACUGAACUGGAAAUGAAAUGUUUGGAUGCUGAAGACGCCAAAGUGACAUUCGAGGAGGAGCCGGGGCAGGACGUAUACUGUGAAUCUCAGAUGCCAUUGUAG